AUGUCGCUAACGAAUUAUUAUUCCAUGAUGGGUCUGCAGGGCGAGGAGCCGUACCAUUUCAUCCCGGGAGGCUUGCAGGGUUCGGCCGCCUGCUCGAAGCCGGCCCGGGGAGCGGAGGAGGAGAGGGGGGAGGAGAGGGGGGAGGAGGAGGCCCCCGCUGCCUCCAACAUCCCGGAUUUUUCACAUUUUUCCAACAAACCGAGCCUCAAUGGCUUUUCUCCCUGGACGAACACCCCCUCUUCGGCGUCUCCCCAGCUGCAGCCGGGUCCCGGUGCCCCCCUCCCCGGCCUCUUCCACCCCCACCCCCUCCUGAGCCACCACCAGCCCUACUACCCCCAGCAGGCGCCGAGCCACGCCGAGCACCUCGCGCCCGCGGCGGCGUCCGAGAGCAGGUUCGUCCGCUGCUGGGAGGGGGCGACCCCCACCCCGGACAGCGCUUUGUCCCAAGUCCCGAACAGCUUCCCUGCGUGUCUCCCCACCCGGGGGGUGCUGUCCAACUCCAGCCCGACCUACGAGGCGAUUAAACCCGAGAGCUCCCCGCAGCAAGACGCCGAGGACUCGGUGGUCCUGGAGCGGCUGGGGGCCGUGGAGGAGCUGGGGGGCAAGGCCGAGCCGAAGGAGGAGGACGAGGGGAGGAAGCAGCAGCUCGAGCCGGAAAACCCAUCAGCCAGUUGGAUCCAUGCCAAAUCAACCCGGAAGAAGCGGUGUCCUUACACCAAGCACCAGACCCUGGAGCUGGAGAAGGAGUUCCUGUACAACAUGUACCUGACGAGGGACCGGCGUCUGGAGGUGGCAGGACUCCUAAACCUGACAGAGAGACAGGUGAAGAUCUGGUUCCAGAACCGGAGGAUGAAGAUGAAGAAGCUGAUGAUCCGGGAGAGGAGGAGUAUGAAUGACUGAUGGCUGCAGAGGCUGGGUGUUUUUUUAUAUUUCUUUUCUUAUUAUUAUUGUUGUUAUU